UGAUGCACUGCGCAUGCGCCCAGUGCUCCGCCUUGUUUCACAGGCACAGGAAUAGGGAUCAUCGCCUCGCUCGCGCGGAAACUUGGCCGCUCCAUGUAACAUUACCGAAUCCGGGUUGUGUUGUUUUUGUUUUCAGUCCUCGGUAUGGACUCUCAAAAAGAGGCCCUACAAAGGAUAAUCACCACAUUAGCAAAUAAAAAUGAGGAGCUCCACAAUUUCAUCGAGACGCUGAGUCACCUGCUGGCUGGAGUUCAGGUUAACUCUAGCCAGGUGGUAUCUGACUUAGAAGAGGAGUUCGACACACUGUUCUCUAUCCUGGAAGAGACUAAAGAGAGUAUGACCAACACUAUUAAGCAAGAACAGGCCAGGAAAUCACAUGAACUGCAGAACCAGCUGACUCAGAGCACUAAUGCUUUGGAGAGUGCAGAAGAGUUGCUGGAGUUCGCUCAGCACGCACUGGAUAUCAAAGACGAGCAGGAGUUCACCAAGGCUGCCAAACAGAUCAAAGAUAGGGUGACGAUGGCUCCUGCCUUCCGCCUCACCAUGAAGCCCAAAGCCUCAGACAACAUGACCCACCUGAUGGUGGACUUUUCACAGGAGCGCCAGCUUCUCCAGGGCCUUCGCUUCCUUCCCGUCCCCAGAGCUCCAGAAAUUGAUGUCCAGGAGUGUGUGGUGAUGGACAAUGCAGUGACUGUCAUCUGGAGGAUGCCGGUGGAGGACAGCAAGAUUGACCACUACAUCCUCGAAUACAGAAAAACCAACCACGAGGGUCUGCCUCGGGUCAAGGAUGAGCACCACUGGGAGAUUGUGGACAACAUUAAGAGCACAGAGUACACACUGACGGGGUUAAAGUUUGAUUCCAAGUUCAUGAACUUCCGGGUUCGAGCGUGUAACAAAGCAGCAGCUGGAGAUUAUUCUGAUCCUGUGACACUGGAAACCAAAGCGCUCAACUUCAUCUUUGACUCGUCGUCCUCACACCUGAACCUGAAGGUGGAGGACAGCAGUGUGGAGUGGGACCCACAGGGAGGCAAAGGCCUUGACAGUAAGGUCAAAGGGAAGGAGAACAAGGGCAGUGCACACCUCACUAAUCUGAAGAACAUGACAAGAAGUGGAACUCCAUCUCCGAAGAGAGGGUCGACUGCUCGCUCGCCAGCUCCGAGGGGAGGCAGAGAUCGGUUUACUGGAGAGUCCUACACAGUACUGGGUGACACCAGUAUUGACUCCGGUCAGCACUACUGGGAGGUGAAGGCCCUCAAAGACUGCAAGUCCUAUAGCAUCGGUGUAGCCUAUAAGAACCUGGGCAAGUUCGAUCAGUUGGGCAAAACCAACACCACCUGGUGUAUCCAUGUCAAUAAUUGGCUCCAGAACUCCUUUGCUGCCAAACACAACAACAAGGCGAAGAGUCUGGAUGUGGCAGUACCAGAGAGGAUAGGAGUUUACUGUGACCUAGAUGGAGGUCAGCUGUCGUUUUACAAUGCGGAAAGCAAACAGCUGCUUCACUCGUUCAAGACGAAGUUCACUCAACCUGUUGUGCCGGCCUUUAUGGUGUGGUGUGGUGGCCUGAGCCUGUCGACUGGGUUACAGGUUCCCAGUGCGGUUAGAAGCUUCCAGAAGGCUGAAAAUGGGCUGGCGGGAUCAAACAGCAGUCUGAACAGCAUGGCACAGUAAUCUAAGCUCAGAAACGAUGAAUUCUGUUUCAUGCUGAUUUAGGACUAGCUUCCUGUGUAAUCCAUCCCUAAUCAGCAGCAAAGAGCAACCUGUAUGAACAGCCCAUGACCUUGGACCCCACUUCCUGCUUCCUGCUUCCUGGGGAAUACAUCAUCCAGCAUUGGAAUACUGUGAAGCAUCAUGGGAAAUUAAAUCUGUCACUGGCAAGCCUAGAUUUCUCCAAGAUAAGGAGAGCUGCCUCUUUCUCUGUCUUUCUGUUUCUUCUUUGAUAAGAAAUCCUAGCAGCUUUAUCAGGGAUUAGCUGAGUGCACUUUUUUCCCUUACUAAUUUUAGGUUGAAUUUGUUUUUCUUGUUUUUGUAAUGAUUUAUAUCUGACACAACUUUACUCCUGGUAUGACAGAUUCUGUCCUUUAUGCUUUGAUUUGUCGUAUUACUUUUCAUGACUUGUGUACAUUUUUUUAGUUUAGUGUCUAUGUAUGUGUGAGUACGGCCUGUGAGCGUGGGUGACCAUUACCUCGUGUCUGCGCAAAGGUAUUUUUCCUUGAACUGUCAAAAUCCUUUUACCGUUUGAACUAUGAAGCCUGUAGUUUUUUUUA